CCGUUGUGUGAGCAAAAUGUGUCGUAAAAUGGACCAAUAGGAUUCUAAUCAAAUGAAGAUCAUGCAGGCAGAUUAUUUACAUUCACUCUACCUUUAAGUUGGACGGAUAAUACAUAGAGUAAACAACUGUUGAUAUAUAUAUAUAAAUACAUUUAAUGUGUAACAUAUUAAUAUUCACUUCGAUAAAACACCAUAUGUUCUUCAAUAUUUUUCUGUAAAGAUCCGAAUGAGAAUCACUGAACACGAAAAAGGUAGUUUACAUCUUGGUGCGGUUUCGUUUGAAAAUAGUGUUAAUCUAUUUUCGAGGGAAAAGCCAUUAAGUUUAAACAUGAAAAAGCACAAAAGCAUAGAAAAUGUUGUUGAUAAUUUACAAAAUUCAGGCAGAAAUGAAGAAUCUGUAGACGAGAUGAAGAAGAAAUUAAAAAAAGAAAUAGAUGAGUUGAAAUCUAUAAUUUUGCAAACUGAGUGCAGUUUUGAUAUAUUUCUAUUUAAGGAUAUUGAAGUUUCCUAUGAACAAAAUAAUUCUGAUGUUUCCACUGAUACAGAUAUAUCUGAAGUUCCAGAUAUUAACAUAGAAUUAGAGUUAGAGUUGUUUAGAUAUGCUGGUGUAUACUGUGUUGAGUUUUCAGAAAAGGAAUGUGUAUUUAAUUUGUCAGCAUCGAAUAAAUAUGAAAAAAAAAGUACCUAUGUUGUACAAAUUUUAAAUGCCAAUGGUGAAAGACGUUUAGGAAAGUGGAUAAUGCCUGAAUCAAUUGAUCUACAUACUUUAAUAUCUAAAUUUCCUAUUAAUGAGACAAAAUAUAUACCUCAAUUUAUAAGAAUAUGUAAACACUAUGUUAACUGUUAUUUUCUACGACAUGAACAGUGUCAUGCAUUGAUGGUAUGUAUUUCUUAUUAAUUUUUGUUUUAUUUAAAACAAUGAAAUCGAAUAUUAAAUGUAUUUUAAAUUUUCAGAACGCUCUGUCUCGUGUAGAAAAUUG